UCAACAAUACAUUUCUGUUGAUUAUUGUGCGUAACGUCAGCGAGUCUACAGCCUAUACACACGAAUCAUAGUGCUAAUCCCGGUGCCGAAAACAACUGACUAGCCAAAAGUAAAAACACAAAAUCCACUGCUUUUUUCUUUUUUUCUUUUUUUCCUGCCAAUCUUUUCACUAUCAAAACAAUCAAAAACGCCAACAGAUCUCCACUGAUCCAACACCAACAUUUGAAGUCAAAGUUUGAUCACAUCUUCUAUAUAGUACACAACUUCCAUUUAUUGUCAUGGCCAGUCAACUCGGGUACAUUAAAAAGAAAAUUCCUUUAUACUACUAAUCAAAUAGACAUAACAUAUGUUCUAGGUUGUUCAAUUAAUUUUAUGGGUAAUGUUUUGUGGAAUGGUGUUGUUUCUCUUUUUCUUGUUCUGCUUCUGUUUUGUAGCUCAGGAGCAGAGGUUGUUACUGUAGAUGUUCAUGCAGCUCGUGAACUCAUCCGAUCUGGUCACCGUUAUCUUGAUGUCAGGACAGAAGAAGAAUUCAAGAAAGGGCAUGUAGAGAACUCUUUGAAUAUUCCCUAUAUGUUUAAUACUCCCCAAGGUAGGGUGAAGAAUCCAAAGUUUUUGGAGCAGGUAUCUUCAGCAUGUGACAAGGAAGAAAAGCUAAUUGUGGGAUGUCAAAGUGGUGUGAGGUCCCUCGAUGCUACUACUGAUCUUCAUGCUGCUGAAUUUAAGCAUGCCAGCAACAUGGGAGGGGGCUAUCUGGCUUGGGUGGAGAACGGAUUUGCUGUAAACAAACCACAAGAUGAGCUUUGAUCACCCUUAAUUUAACCACCAAAAAAAUAAAUUGUUCACUAGAUCAUCAAACAUGUAUUUUCUAUAUUUGUUGCUCAAUUUAAGGCAUAUGAGAGUUUAUCUUUUUCCUUGAACAAAAAGGUUUGAAUGUACACCAAUCAAUUUGAUGUGAUUGUAUUGUUAUACUAUUAUUUUUGUAACCAUGAUAGAAGUAGGGGCAGAGAGAAGAAAAAAUAAAGGAUUUUAGUCCAAUAAAA